GCUGAGCUCUUCCCCUACUCGCAUCACAUCGUCGUUCUUACACCUGUGUGUCGCUGCUGCUGCCGUACAGGUGAGAAGAAGCUGGAGUAUGGAGGCGCCAAGUGGCACGAGACGUGUUUCGUCUGCACGGCGUGUAAGAAGCCGAUCGGCACGGGGUCCUUCUUCAAGCGAGACGGCAGCAUCGUCUGCGAGGACUGCCACACGAACAAGUUCGCCAAGAUCUGCGGAAAGUGCUCCAAGCCGAUCACCGCGCUUCGGGCCCCGGGGACGUUCGAGGCUGGAGCUUUUUCAUCGCGACUGCUUCGUCUGCGCCGGAUUUGCCAGUCCUCACUUGCGGAGACUGCUACGCGAAAAUGUUCGCCAAAAGCAGUGCGCCGCGCUGCAGGGAAGGCCAUCUCAGGGUCCAGCGGGCAGAAGUACGUGACGUACGAGGACCGGGCGUGGCACAACGACUGCUUCAAGUGUACCAAGUGCAAGACGACGCUCGUGGGAAAGGGCUUCCACACAGAAGGCCUGCGGAUUCUCUGCCCGAAAUGCGCCUAGGUAUAAAA